GCCCUGCCCUUGGGGGGAUGCAGCCCUGCGCCCGGCCAGGCGUGCACCAUCGCUCCCAGCGCACGGGUUGGUCAUCGGGCUCUGCAACGGGGCGGUGUCCCGGGGGGUUACGAGGUUACAUGCCUGGUUUGGGGCUUGGGUGUAAGGUGGAAGCUGCCGAUUCCCCUGUGCGGCUCUGGGAUUGUGUGGGGGCGGUCCCGCCUGGGGGACGAGUGCGAGGCCUGGCUAGACAGCACUGCAGGCAGUCCUCACUUGCCUUUCUGCAGGGAGAAAAUAAAUCACAGAAGUGUAGGGCUGGAAGGUGUCCUCAAGAGGGCAUCUAGUCCGUCCCUGCUGAGCGGAGGCAAGAUUCAGUACACCUCGACCACCCCUGCCUGGGGGUUACCCUGGUCUUAAAAUCCUCCAGUGAUAACCUGUUCCAGUGCUGCUUAACUUCCUUGGACACGACGGGUGCAUUGCUGAUCACGUGGUCUAUCUUCAGGGUUUCAUGCUGAGUCCACCAGUUCAGGUCAAUAAAAGGACUUACCAUGGCAGGUAAAGGUGGCAAAUCCAAACGCAGCAAAUCCAAAGGCUCCAGGAAGAAAACAAAGAAGCCCGUGAGCGAAGUGGAUAUCCUUAGCCCAGCUGCCAUGCUCAAUGCCUACUACAUUUCUCACAACGCUGCUGCCUGCCUGGAGUUCCGUGGCUUUAACUGGCCUGACUCCCCCAAAAAGAAAGGGAAGAAAGGAAAGUAGUAAUCAGAUGGAUGGAAGGCAAGGGACCCAUGAUACAUCAAGCUUCACCGCGAACAGGAGAACCCUUGUUAAGGACUGAAAGCAAAGUGAUCACUCAGGUUUUUAACUCUGACGGUUUGCCAUAAUCACUGUGAAGGCCAGUACUAAGACACUCUUGUUAUGAGUCGAGCAUAAGGUAGUAAAUGUUAAUUUAAGCUGCUUACUGUGCCAGUGUAAUAUUAACCAUGGCUGUUCGCCUGCUAAUUCUGGCAGCAAAUAAAACAUUGCACCUCUGUGAGCAAUUCUAAUGAUGUGCGGGGGGGGGAGAGAUUCAUUUUGUACUGAUCGCUCCUGCUGCUACGCCUGCUCUUACAAAUCUAAUGUAGUCCCUGAAAGCCAGUGCACACCAAAGCUGGUGUGUCUGCCAUUGCUAAACCAAGGGUUACCAAAGUGCAGUCUCAUAAGAUGCAGCCCAUGGAGACUUCAUGACCCAGCAUGCAGUGAUCUCUCUCAAUCCGAGCAUCCUGGCGGAAGGCCACAAGCUUCGUGUUAAAGAUUAGAGUGGCUACAAUCAGUUCCAUUUUAUACCGAUUAAAUGCAGUCCUUGGGCGCCUGGCAAACUGCUAACCAGUCACCCUGUUGGGCAAAGUUUGUGUGCCCACAGCACAUAUUUAUCACAGGGCUGGUUCAAGCAAAUGUUAUCCCAUCCACUCCUACAAGGCCCAGUAUUUGGUAUGAAAUGUUUUUCUUAACUAUCCUAAGUUCUUAUGCAUUGCCAGCUCGGAGGGUUGGGGCAAUAGGGAAUGUGUUAAGAACUGAUAUAUGUGUGGGCGUAAGUAAGGGGGUGAGUGGAUAGAAGUGUCCUCAAAAAGGAGGAGAGGAGAAUCUGCAAUGAGCCAGGGGUACAAUAAAAGAGGGAGACAUCCUGAUUCCCUAGGAUGCUCGAGUUAUUGCCAGCGUGAAAGCUUGUGCUCCACCCCCAUGUGGCAUAACAUGAGCAGGAAACUUUCAGCUGGUUUCUGCCUGGGGUGUGGCCCCUUUAGUUGCAAGUUUGGCAUCGUUGUCUGAACAGCCCCUGAAGAAUUGGACUGAAAGCAAUUUCUGACUGUCUUUGAAGGAAGGAAGAAUUUGACGCCUUUCUGAGUUCUAGGUAAAGUGUGUUACGGACUUUGGAAGAGCAACAUAGAACCAAUAAUAAUUUGACCCAUUUUAUUAUUAAAUGCCUGGUAGGCCCUGCUGUGGCCUAGCAAGAUGUAGAUUUUGCUCUAUGCACAGGUCUCAUUGGGAAGUUCAUAGUUCUGUGUCUCUGCUUAGAGGGCCAAAUACUUCCACCCUUUACACUAGUGCAAACCUGCUACUCGAGUGGUGUUGCACUGAUAUAACUGAACUUGACCUGUCUGCUAUACUGCCCAGCAUGCCACCCUCCCACCCACAAUGGCAUGUUCUCACCAUAGAAUCACAUUCCACCACCACCACCCUAUCAUCCAGCAGGACGUCUCUGGUCCCACCGUACAGCUGUGACUGUUCUUUCCCCUCCAUAAUGUGGCUCCAAAGAGAGAGAGCAAAAUUCUGCCCUAUCUGCAUAGUACAUCCCAAGCUACACCAGAGCUUGAACCAGUUUUUGGAUGAUUUGUCAGACAGGUGUACAGGAUCAAUUUACAGAAGGGGUGAAAGAUACUUGAGGAAAAGUGAUGCAAUCUGAUACCCAAAUAAAGCUGUUGGAUGAAUGAUAAGCCUGGAUGCAGAGCGGGUGCGAAGUUCCGUCCCAGAAUCCAGAAGAGAUUUGUGCUUUGCCAGCUGUCCUCCAAGACUUAGUGUCUCCAGCAUUUUCUGCUUAUUUUCAAGGGACACUGCCCAAUAGAGCUGGGUACAUAAUUCUUUCCAUGAACGUAGCCUCUUUCUGUGAAAUGCCCACAAGAAGCUGACAUGUUCUUAAAUCUAUUAAUUAUUCAAAGUGUGUUAAAUCUUGGUUUGUAGAUUGUUCAUGAACAUAUUACAAUUAAGACUACUUCGCUGUAUGGCGUGUAGCCUAUGUUGCUAACACAUUCACCUGUAGCUCAAGUGAAAGGGGUCUAUAUACCUCUUGAAACAGAAUGAACCAAGCUCUGUUUCUGCUGUCACUAAAUUAGAAGGAGCCAUGGCCUCUCCUUCCUUUUAUGCCAUUUGUUCUUGCUGGGGCUGGAGGAGAAAAUUUCCUUUUAAAAAAUGGAGGCAAGAGAAAGUUACCAAAAAGCAAAGCAACUAUUGUGCUGGCUGCACUGCAGUUUCUGAGGAGGCAUCUCCUCAGCCUGAGAGGUAGCCAGCAAGUCGGUCAGGCAAAUGGAAAAGGUCCUCACCCUGUUUCAGGCCUGAAGGGGAAGGCUCCAUAAACCAGCAGAGCAACACACCGAGCAGACAAUUCCUAAAGCUUCCUCACUCGCUGUUGGGCCCAAAAGCUCAUCACUAGCAAUUCAUUCAGGUCUGUCGGUAAAUCUCAAGCGUCUCCAAUUACUCUCAGCGAGGGAGGUUUGACUUCAAAAACUGGAGACCCCAAAGUAGCUUCUGCCAGUCCACUGAGAGCCUCCGAUUUGUCUCCUGACGUGAUGAGACUUCCAUCUCAGGGCCUGCUCAGUCUCCUAUUCUGCCUGAUUUCCUGAGUGCUCCAUAGAACGUGCAGCAGGGCCAGCACAUACAGCUCCUUCAUUGACCCGCUAUCCUCACGGACGUGUAUCAGUUCAGUCUAUUCUCCAAGGGAGAGAAUUACCAGCGUUUAGUUACUGGGGCAAAGGAAAAGUGUGAUGUGACUUCUGUGCACUUUCAAAUUACUUAACAAAACAUUUGGGCUAUUUUACAUGGAUUAAAAAAAAUCCCUGAGUUGCAUUAGCAAAGACUUUA